ACCUACUGCACUGACGAGGGACAAACGAUAAUGAGCCGGUGACAGCACUUAAGGAUGGUUUAUAAUUACAACAAUAACACCAUUGGAGGAGUAACAGUUGGGGUAUAACGCGAGACAACUUUCCCCUUUAAUGGUGCGAACUAUGAGAUUUGAAAAGCAUUGCGAAUCGGCGAUACGACAACAUGAUCUAGUUUCAAACGCAUGGUGCGUACUAGCAGGGAUCCGUGGGGACUGGGAAACAACCAGCCGGCUGAUGUACUUUUCGUUCUCUGGGGCAGUUUAUCAAGUUCUUGAGCAAUUGAUGAGAGUCGUCCGUGCUCGACAAUGUCUCUUCCAGUGCAUCCGGAGACCAGGAAAUUUACACGGGGUCUAAGUAAACCUGGCACCGCGGCUGAAUUGAGGCAAAGUGUCUCCGAGGUGGUGAGGACGUCCGUACUUUUCGUGAAGCCUAAGGUGAUCGAGCCGCUGGACUAUGAGAAUGUGCUGGUGCAGAGGAAGACUCAGAUUCUCAGUGAUGCCCUGCGGGACAUGCUGCAGUUCCCCCUGGAGGACUUCCAGAUAUCGACUCUGAGACGCCAAGGAAGGACUCUCCACCCGACGGUGCCGGAGAAUGCAGAGAAGGAAGCGCAGAGUCUGUUUGUCCAGGAGUGCAUAAAGACGUACAACUCUGACUGGCAUGUUGUCAAUUACAAGUAUGAGGACUAUUCUGGAGACUUCCGGCAGCUUCCAAACAAGGCGUCCCGUCCAGACAAACUUGCAGUCCAUGUUUUUGAAGUGGAUGAGGAAGUGGACAAAGAUGAGGACACGGCCUCGCUGGGAUCCCAGAAGGGAGGGAUCUCCAAACACGGCUGGCUGUACAAGGGCAACAUGAACAGCGCCAUCAGUGUCACCAUGCGGUCUUUUAAAAGGAGGUAUUUCCACCUGACCCAGCUAGGCGACGGUUCCUACAACCUCAACUUCUACAAGGACGAGAAGAUCUCCAAGGAACCCAAAGGAACCAUCUUCCUCGACUCCUGUAUGGGAGUGGUUCAGAACAACAAGGUGCGGAGGUUUGCCUUUGAGCUGAAGAUGCAGGACAAGAGCUCGUACCUGCUGGCAGCAGACAGCGAGGGGGAGAUGGACGACUGGAUCAGCACCCUCAACAAGAUCCUGCACAGCAGCUUCGAGAUCGCCAUGCAGGACAAGAGGAAUGGAGACCUGCACGACGAUGACGAUCUGGGAAAGUCUGACAGCUCGUCAGGGAGCAUGGACAGCUUUCAGAGCGCCCGGGAUAUCGAGACUAAGAUGAGGAAUGAGACCAGGUUGAAGCUGUUCACCCUGGACCCAGACACCCAGAAACUGGACUUCUCGGGGAUAGAGCCGGAUAUCAAGCAGUUUGAGGAGAAGUUUGGCAAGAGGAUUCUGGUGAACUGCAAUGACCUGUCCUUCAACCUGCAGAGCUGUGUGGCGGAGAAUGAAGAGGGCCCAACAACAAACGUGGAGCCGUUCUACGUCACCCUGUCUCUGUUCGACGUCCAGAACAGCCGAAAGAUCUCCUCCGACUUCCUGGUCGACCUCAACCACCCGUCCGUCAGGCAGAUGGUGGCCAAUCCCAGCACCCCGUACAUGAAUGGGGGCGGGGACACAAUAUUGGGAGGGGCCAAGGUGGCCCCUGGCCUGCCAGAGGGGGCCAUGCAGUACCCCAGACAGGGGGUGUUCUCCGUGACGUGCCCCCACCCAGACAUCUUCCUGGUGGCUCGCGUCGAGAAGAUCCUCCAGGGGGGGAUAGCCCACUGUGCCGAGCCUUACAUGAAGAGCUCGGACUCCACCAAGGUGGCCCAGAAAGUCCUGAAGAACGCCAAGCUGGCAUGCAGCCGGUUGGGACAGUACAGGAUGCCUUUUGCCUGGGCCGCAAGGCCCCUGUUUAAAGAUGCAUCAGGGACUCUGGACAAGAGUGCCCGUUUCUCCGCCCUGUACCGACAAGACGGGAACAAGCUGUCCAACGACGACGUGUUCAAACUGCUGGCUGACUUCAGGAAACCAGAGAAGAUGGCCAAGCUCCCUGUAAUCCUAGGAAACUUAGACGUCACCAUUGACAACGUUGCCCCCGACUUGACAAAUUGUGUUACCUCAUCCUACAUUCCUGUGAAGCAGUUUGAGACCAGUGAGAAGACCAACAUCUUCUUUGAAGUGGAAGAGUUUGUGCCGUCUAUAGCCAAGUGUUCUCAGCCUUUCACCAUCUACAACAAUCACCUCUACGUCUACCCCAAGCACUUGAAGUACGACAGCCAAAAGUCUUUCGCCAAGGCUAGAAACAUCGCUGUCUGCAUCGAGUUCAAGGACUCGGAUGAGGAGGAGUCUGCCGCUCUCAAGUGCAUCUACGGCCGGCCAGGGGGACCGCUGUUCACCAAGAAUGCCUUUGCUGCAGUCCUGCAUCACCAGCAAAGCCCCGAGUUCUACGACGAGUUCAAGAUCGAGCUGCCCCCCCAGCUCCACGACAAGCACCAUCUUCUCUUCACCUUCUUCCAUGUGAGCUGUGACAGCAACAGCAAGGCCAGCACCAAGAAGAGAGACGUGGUGGAGACCCAGGUGGGCUACGCCUGGCUGCCUCUUCUGAGGGACGGCAGGGUGAUCAUGAACGAGAGUCACGUCCCCGUGGCUGCCAGCCUGCCCGCCGGCUACCUCAGCUGUCAGGAAGGAGGCAGCAAGCACAACGGUCCUGAGGUGAAGUGGGUGGACGGAGGCAAGCCUUUGUUCAAGGUCUCUGCUCACCUGGUCUCCACGGUCUACACUCAGGAUCAACAUUUACACAACUUCUUCCACCACUGUCAGAACAGCGAGCCCGCAGACCCGUCUUCAGGAGGAGAGCUCGUCAAGUUCCUGAAGAGUCUCCAUGCCAUGGAGAGCCAUGUGAUGGUCAAGUUCCUGCCCACCACUUUAAACCAGCUGUUCCGGGUGCUGACCUGCGCCACGCACGAGGAGGUGGCGGUCAACGUCACCAGAGUCAUGAUCCACAUCGUGGCCCAGUGCCACGAAGAAGGCUUGGAACACUACCUGAGGUCCUAUGUGAAAUAUGUGUUUAAGACCGAGCCCUUCACAGCCACCACCACCAGAACAAUACAUGAGGAGCUGGCUAAAGCCAUGACUGCUAUUCUCAAGCCUUCAACUGACUUCCUGACUAGCAACAAGCUGCUCAAGUACUCGUGGUAUUUCUUCGAAGCCUUAGUGAAGUCCAUGGCCCAGUACUUGAUAGAGAGUGGAAAAGUGAGGCUGUCGAGGAACCAGCGCUUCUCUGCGUCGUUCCACCACACGGUGGAGACCCUGGUCAACAUGAUGAUGCCCCACAUCACCCAGAAGUACAAGGACAACCUGGACGCAGCCAGGAACGCCAACCACAGCCUGGCCGCGUUCGUCAAGCGCUGCUUCACCUUGAUGGACCGAGGCUUCGUCUUCAAGCAGAUCAACAACUAUACCAACUGCUUUGUUCCCGGAGACUCUAAGACUCUGUUCGAGUUCAAGUUUGAGUUCCUGCGUGUCGUCUGCAACCACGAGCACUACAUUGCUCUGAACCUGCCCAUGCCCUUUGGGAAGGGGAGAAUACAGAGGUUUCAAGACCUCCAGCUGGACUACUCGCUGACGGACGACUUCUGUAAGAACCACUUCCUGGUCGGCCUCCUGUUGCGGGAGGUGGGCGGAGCCCUCCAGGAGUUCCGGGAGAUCCGUCAGAUAGCCAUCCAGGUUCUGAAGAACCUGAUGAUCAAGCACACCUUCGACGACCGCUACACCUCCAAGAGCCAGCAGGCCCGGUUGGCCACCCUCUACCUGCCUCUUUUUGGCCUGCUGCAGGAGAACGUCCACAGGCUCAACGUCAAGGAGGUCUCCCCCUUCCCCGUCAACCACUCCAACAACAACGGCCGGGACGACCCACUCCUGGCCAACGCUCUGAUGACCCCGCCCAGGUCCAGCACCAUCCUGGACAACAGCCUGCACAAGGACGUGUUCGGAGUCAUCUCUGGGACUGCCACCCCCCACGCCUCCUCCACCCCCAACAUCAGCUUGGUGCGCCACGCCGACUCCAGAGGCUCUCUGAUCAGCACGGACUCUGGCAGCAGCCUCCCGGAAAAGAGCGCAGACAAGAGCAGCUACCUGGACAAGAACCAGCCUGCCUCGGCCCUGGGAAGCACGCUGCUGCGCUGUGACAAACUGGAGCAGGCUGAGAUCAAGAGUGUCCUCAUGUGCUUCCUGCACGUGCUGAAGAGCAUGUCUGAGGAUGCCCUGUUCACAUACUGGAACAAAGCCUCUCCCAAUGAGCUCAUGGACUUCUUCACUCUAGUAGAGGUGUGUCUCCAUCAGUUCAGGUACAUGGGGAAGAGAUACAUUGCGAGGAGCCAGGACGGGGCGGGCCCGCUGGCCCACGAGCGCAAGUCUCAGACUCUGCCUGUGUCCCGUAACAGGGCGGGGAUGAUGCAUGCCCGCUUACAGCAGCUCAGCAGCCUGGAUAACUCAUACACUUUUAACCACACCUACAGCCACUCGGACGCUGACGUGCUGAACCAGUCCCUCCUGGAGGCUAACAUCGCCACGGAGGUGUGCCUGACCGUGCUGGAUACCCUGAGCAUCUUCAUCAUGGGCUUCAAGACCCAGCUGUGUUCCGACCACGGGCACAACCCGCUGAUGAAGAAGGUGUUCGAGGUGCACCUCUGCUUCCUGCAGAUCAACCAAUCGGAGACGGCCCUCAAGCAGGUCUUCACCUCGCUGCGCACCUUCAUCUACAAAUUCCCCUGCACGUUCUUCGAGGGCCGCGCCGACAUGUGCGCCGCCUUCUGCUACGAGGUCCUCAAGUGCUGCAACUCCAAGCUCAGCUCCAUCCGCAGCGACGCCGCCCACCUGCUCUACUUCCUGAUGAAGAGCAACUUCGACUACACGGGACGCAAGUCCUUCGUACGCACGCACCUACAGGUGGUCAUCGCUGUCAGCCAGCUGAUCGCUGACGUCAUCGGGAUCGGAGGAACGCGUUUCCAACAGUCCCUGUCCAUCAUCAACAACUGUGCCAACAGUGACAAAACCAUCAAGAACACAGCAUUCCCGUCAGAUGUGAAAGACUUGACCAAGCGUAUCCGGACGGUUCUGAUGGCCACAGCUCAGAUGAAGGAACACGAACGAGACCCGGAGAUGCUGGUGGACCUGCAGUACAGCCUGGCCAAGUCCUACGCCAGCACGCCCGAGCUACGCAAGACCUGGCUGGACAGCAUGGCUCGCAUUCACGUGAAGAAUGGAGACCUGUCUGAGGCGGCCAUGUGCUACGUCCACGUAGCAGCUCUGGUGGCAGAGUACCUGAGGAGAAAAGGCAUGUUCAAGCAGGGCUGCUCCGCCUUCCGCGUGGUCACGCCCAACAUCGACGAGGAGGUGUCCAUGAUGGAGGACGUGGGCAUGCAGGACGUCCACUUCAACGAGGACGUCCUGAUGGAGCUGCUGGAGGAGUGUUCUGACGGCCUGUGGAAGGCCGAGCGCUACGAGCUCAUCUCUGACGUCUACAAGCUCAUCAUCCCCAUCUACGAGAAGCGCCGAGACUUCCAGAAACUGGCUCACCUGUACGACACACUGCAUCGGGCCUACAGCAAGGUGACGGAGGUCAUGCACACGGGCAAGAGGCUCCUGGGAACCUACUUCAGAGUAGCCUUCUUUGGCCAGGGGUUCUUUGAAGAUGAAGACGGAAAGGAGUACAUUUAUAAAGAGCCCAAGUUCACCCCUCUGUCGGAGAUCUCCCAGAGACUCCUCAAGCUGUACUCAGACAAGUUUGGGCCUGAGAAUGUGAAGAUGAUUCAGGACUCUGGGAGGAUCAAUCCCAAAGACCUGGACUCGAAGUACGCCUACAUCCAGGUGACCCACGUCACGCCCUACCUGGAGGACAAGGAGCUGGUGGACAGGAAGACCGACUUCGAGAAGAGCCACAACAUCCGACGCUUCGUGUUCGAGAUGCCCUUCACCGUGUCGGGGAAGAAGCAGGGAGGCGUGGAGGAGCAGUGCAAACGCAGAACCAUCCUCACCACCACGCACUGUUUCCCCUACGUGAAGAAGAGGAUAGCCGUGAUGUACCAGCACCACACAGACCUCAACCCUAUAGAGGUGGCCAUCGACGAGAUGAGCAAGAAGGUGGGCGAGCUGCGUCAGCUGUGCUCCACCAGCGAGGUGGACAUGAUCCGCCUGCAGCUCAAACUGCAGGGCAGCAUCAGUGUCCAGGUGAACGCUGGUCCUCUUGCAUACGCCAGAGCCUUUCUAGACGAUGCCAGCACCAAAAAGUAUCCAGACAACAAGGUCAAGCAGCUGAAAGAGGUCUUCAGGCAGUUUGUGGAGGCCUGUGGCCACGGUCUGGGCAUCAACGAGCGCCUGAUCAAGGAGGACCAGCAGGAGUAUCAGGAUGAGAUGAAGGCCAACUACAGAGACCUGGCCAGAGAGCUGUCCACCAUCAUGCACGAACCAAUCUGUCCAGUGGAAGAUGGCAUGAAGAGCGUUCUCCCCGACUCGCUGCACAUCUUCAACGCCAUCAGCGGCACGCCGAGCAGCGCCACGAUCCAGGGCGUCCCCAGCUCCUCCUCCGUGGCCUGACCCCGGUCCCCGACGCCCCCCCCCUCUCCCCCACACGCACGCAUGCCCACCAGCAUGCCCUGCCGCCUGCGCAUCCCUCCUGGCUGUUCUCCCCAACACCAACUCAGCUCAGACAGACUGACGCAGGGCGGAUGGGAGAGGCUAAGCUGGGGUGGUUUUAAGCUCUUUGGCUUGGGGAAAGACUGGGAUGCCAAAGACCUGUGUUUUUAUCUCGUCUCACCGUUGGGCACAGUACAGUGACACUCUACCGUGGAUGUGACCGGGGACUGUCACCCAGGAGAUGCAGAGGAGGCUGAGGAGUGCCACAAGACCUGAGGAGGGGGAGAGGGAUGGAGGGAGGGGGGAGAGGGGGGAAAGAGGGAGGGGGGGGAGGAAGGGAGGAGAGUCUUUGAAGAGAAGACAUACUGUAUGAGGCAUUAGCAUGGAGGCUUCUACCCUGCCUGGGGCCCACCCACCUGCUCCCUGCCCGGGGCCCACCCACUUGCUCCCUGCCCGGGGUCGUUCCGUAGUGUUUCCUGUGGAGACGUCCCUCCAGGGACCCUUAAGCAACACACAUGUGCAUGUCAUUAUCCCCUGUCAGCCUACUGUCAUUUCAUUCUGAACUGUGUUUGGUUUGGUCCGCUCUGAACUCUUAAAACCAUGGUUUUAUAUGUACAGUAUUCCACUUUGGUAUGUUUCCUAUUGAUGUUUUGACCAACACUUUCUGCUGCACACAUUGGCGUUCGUCUGUUUGCACAUGAAGACUCGUGUUUCAACAACACAACAGAAUCAUCAGAAAAAGAGAGCCUCCUUUGAAUUUGUUAGCAUUCAACCUUAAUCACUAUAAUGUCUUAGUGGAAAUGUUUCAAUAUUUAAAGCAGUUGCAUACAGUUAGUAUAUCCCAAGUUGUUUAUUCUUGUAUAUAAAAAAAGGAGUGCAAUAUUUGUCUUUUGCAUAUGAUCUUGCUAUGUGGGGACUUAUACACUGUAAAGAUGAUGUUCAUCCUUCUUGCCAAAGCAUGGAGCCAGGGAAGCAGAGACAAGGCCUACUGUGUCAGUCACGUGGAGCUUUUACCAUUUUAGUGUUCAUUAUAAUGAAAUCCUUUUAUAUUUGGGAAGCGAUGGGUUUUUUAUUUUUAUUUAACAAAAAGUCACUGUUCUGCUGUAAACAGAAAAUGUUCCCUAAUGCUUUUCUUUUAAAUAAAAUUCACUCAUUCCUCCGCA